ACUUUUUUUUGUGCGGAAAUUUGAACUUAAUUUGAAUAGAAAUCAGAAUGAGCAAACCUCCUUUUUAGAAAGUUAACGGACACCAACAAAAACGAGCGCACCGCGCUCGCUGACGCAGCCGUCCAAAUAUAUAUAUAUAAACUCUCUCUCUCUCUCACUGUGUAUAUAUAUAUAGAGAGAAAUGUACGGCUAGUUCACCGGGAAAUUCACUCUACGCAGUAACUAUACUCCACUCCAAUGGCUGCCUCUUCCGCCGCGCUGAACUCAAACGGCCUCCGAAGUGAAACCGCCGAGCUGCUCCACUAUCCUCCGUCCUUCAAUUGCCGUCGCGGAGUUCUGAGCCUGCCGUCGAAUGCUCUCACGAAGCGGAGUUUAAUAUGCCAGCGCCGCUUUCGCCGCGUCGGAGUGGUGAGAUCGUCCGCCACCACGGCGGAGUCGGAGGCUGACUACGCCGCCGGUGAGGAAGGCAGGAUUUUGAGAGUCGGACUAAUCUGCGGCGGUCCUUCGGCCGAGCGCGGGAUUUCCCUCAAUUCUGCCCGCUCCGUGCUCGAUCAUAUUCAGGGAGAUGAUUUGCAUGUGAGCUGCUAUUACAUUGACUACAGCAUGAAAGCCUACGCCAUUUCGUCUGCUCAGGUAUACUCAAACACACCAGCAGAUUUUGAUUUCAAACUUGAAAGCCUUGCCCAAGGUUUUGAAUCAUUGUCUGAAUUUGUCAAACACCUUGCUACCUCUGUGGAUAUAGUGUUUCCUGUCAUACACGGCCGUUUUGGUGAAGAUGGCGGCAUUCAAGAGCUAUUGGAGAAAUCAAAUAUUCCUUUCGUGGGGACGCAGUUCAAGGAAUGUCGCACUGCAUUUGACAAAUAUGAUGCCUCUUUGGAGCUUGACAGACAAGGAUUUGUUACAGUUCCGAGCUUCGUGGUGCAGGGAUAUGAAUCAGAAGAAACUGAGUUGUCAACUUGGUUUACUAAGAAUAAUCUGGAUGCUGAACAAGGAAAAGUUAUUGUAAAACCCGCAAGAGCUGGAUCGAGUAUUGGAGUUACUGUUGCUUAUGGUGUUACUGAUUCUCUAAGAAAAGCUCAUGCCAUUAUAUCAGAGGAAAUCGAUGAUAAAGUCCUUGUAGAAAUUUUCCUGGAAGGAGGUAGAGAAUUUACGACCAUUGUCCUUGAUGUAAGUUCCGGUUUUGACUGUCAACCAGUGGCUCUACUCCCGACCGAGGUGGAACUUCAAUCUCACAGCAAUGUUGAUUUAAGUGAAAAGGACAUCAUUUUUAAUUACCGGCGAAAAUAUUUACCAACACAGCAGGUUGCUUACCAUACUCCACCUCGAUUCCCAGAAGAUGUAACUAGAAUGAUUCGUGAAGGAGCCUCUCUAUUAUUCCAACGGCUUGGCCUACGUGAUUUUGCUAGAAUCGAUGGUUGGUUUUUGCCGCCCUCUGCUCAUACUGCUUACCUUACAGGCAAUAAGUUGGGGCACUCGGAGUCAGGAACGAUAGUCUUCACUGAUAUCAACCUGAUAAGUGGGAUGGAGCAAACAAGCUUCUUAUUUCAGCAAGCUUCAAAGGUUGGAUUUUCACACUCCAAUAUUCUUCGCACCGUGAUCCAACAUGCUUGCUUGCGGUUUCCUAGCCUCCACCAUCAUAGUGUGGUAUCAAGCCCCUCUCUGAGAAAGAAAUAUUCUGCAAAAAGUCAAGAUAGGAGGAAAGUUUAUGUUAUUUUUGGUGGAGACACUUCAGAGAGACAAGUAUCCCUUAUGAGUGGAACUAAUGUUUGGCUAAAUCUGCAAACAUUUGAUGAUCUCGAGGUGACACCAUGCUUGCUCGCAUCCAGUUCAAACUCUGAUGAGACGGCUUCAGGAGCGAACUCAAGGGAAGUUUGGUCCUUACCAUAUUCUGUGGUGCUCCGACAUACUACUGAAGAAGUUCUGGAUGCAUGCAUUGAGGCGAUUGAACCUGUUCGUGCAGCACUGACCUCUCACUUGCGAAGUCAAGUAAUGGAAGAGAUCGCGGAAGGCAUGAAGAAACACACCUGGUUCACAGGGUUUGAUAUAUCUGAUGACUUGCCAAAGAGACACUACCUUGACCAGUGGAUCAAGCAAGCUAAAGAAGAAGGGGCAACAGUUUUUAUUGCUGUUCAUGGAGGGAUAGGUGAAGACGGUACUCUUCAAUCGCUGUUGGAAGCCGGAGGAGUUCCUUAUACUGGUCCCGGCGUUAUUGCUUCCAAGACAUGUAUGGAUAAAGUAGCUACUUCGCUUGCCCUCCAACAUCUUGCAGCUGAUGGUGUCCUUACAAUCAAUAAGGAUGUAAGAAGGAAGGAGGAUUUACUGAAAAUCCUCCCUCUGGAAAUAUGGCAUGAUUUGACAUCAAAACUCCGGUCCGAGACACUGUGUGUUAAACCAGCUAGAGACGGUUGCUCAACUGGAGUAGCAAGAUUAUGUUGUGAUGGGGACCUUGCUGUGUAUAUCAAAGCACUAGAAAGCUGCCUAGCCCGGAUUCCCCCUAAUAGUUUGUCAAAGGCACACGGAACGAUUGAAAUGCCAGUUCCUACUCCGGAGCUCUUGAUAUUCGAGCCCUUUGUUGAGACGGAUGAGAUAGUUGUUUCUGAAAAUACGCAUGAUUUUCUGUGGGAAGGAAAUAGCCGAUGGGUUGAGAUAACAGUUGGCGUGAUAGGCAAACGUGGGUCGAUGAGGUCAUUGACUCCGAGCAUCACUGUUAAAGAGACUGGAGACAUACUAUCACUAGAGGAGAAAUUUCAAGGUGGAACUGGCAUCAACUUGACUCCACCACCCCUCUCAAUUAUAAGUAACGAGGCCCUUGAGAAAUGUAAAGAACGCGUUGAGCUCAUAGCAAACACCCUCCAGUUGGAAGGAUUUUCGCGGAUUGAUGCAUUCGUGAACGUCGACAGUGGUGAGGUCUUGAUCAUUGAGGUUAACACAGUUCCUGGGAUGACACCUUCCACAGUCCUAAUUCAUCAGGCACUGACUGAGAAGCCUCCCUUGUAUCCUCACCGUUUCUUUCGAACACUGCUGGACUUAGCAUCUCAAAGAUGUCUGUAAUUGUUUUCCUCUUGCAACCUUUUCUCUGAUUUUUUGUGAUGUCAGAAUUUUAUGUAUGCUUCUCCUAGUCUGUAAGCAUCAACAUGUGUCUGAGAAGGAAUUCUUUUUGAUAUUGAAGAUUAUAAUAUAAUAUUUCUUCCGUCGCCCAAAA